AUGUCGCGAGCUUCCAAACCGUAUACCCUUGCCCAACUCAACGAUAUUACCCUCGGUUCUUUCUCAAAUGUCCCGGCGUCUGAGACAUUGAAUCAUCUUGUGCGGUACCUUAGCACCUGGAGCGGUAGCGACAAGUUCUUUACGCUCGUACAAUAUACACUUAAACUGAUCGUGCCGUUCCUGCACUGGCGCGCACGGCUUCAGCACCGUGCUGGUAUUAGGAAAGAUGCGAGCAGCAAAGUUGCUCCUUCUCUAACGAGUUUCGCCAGUAUUGUUAGCGAUGCUAAAAUGUUAGGCAGAUUUUGGGGUCUUCUGCCGAUCUUUCAGUGGAUGAUCUCCAUGGAACGCAACCCCCCGCCGACGCGUACGUUACACACCAUCGAGCGACUUCAGGGAUGGUCCAUGCUCGGAUUUUACCCUCUUGAGCACCUUUACUACUUACGAGCCCAUAAUCUAAUCCCCACCUCAAUUCCCUCGCUUUCCGCUAUACUCGGUCGCAGCUCGAAACGCAUUUCGUUGAACGAGAACCGAUUAAUCAUCUGGUCUUGCCGAUGCUGGCUACUCUACACCGUCCUUCAAUUCGCACACUUAAGAGAGGACAUAAAACUUCUGUUGACGAGGCAGAAGAACUUGAGAAAGGGGAAAGGAUUCUCGGCUGAUGAUAAAGAGGAUCUUCGAAAACGAUGGGACGCUCUUUUGAAUGAGCUGGUGGCCAACACUGCUAAUUUACCCUUGGCCCUUCAUUGGUCUCUGGAGAGUGGUAUCUUCAAAAACGAUAUUUGGGUCACCAUUUUCAGCCUCAUUAAUGGCAUCGCUGCAUUCAGAGGAGGCUGGAGAGCAACGGCACUCCCAUCUGUCAAAGCCGCUGCAUCCCCUGAUCCUUCUGAUGAAGGAAAUUAA